UUCCCUCGUGCCAUCUCCGCCGCCUUUUGCCGAUUUCCAUCUUCAACUACAGACCUUCCGACCGCCAUCGCAGACGAUUCCUCCUCCCGAACUGAACUUCUGACGAGAGUCGUCGGUCACAAUUGAGCGCAUACACACCUAGGUACUCGGGACCCCCUUUCGACUCAUCGUUUGUCCAACUUGGCUCGCUGCCUUCCAAAAAAGAUCGCCACUCGACUCCGAUCACCCACCAAUCACUUCAUCUCGCAAUUGAAAGUUAAACGUCGUCGGAUUCCAUCAUGUCGUUCUCUAGCCUUGUUCAGGACCUCACACUGAGGGAUUCCGGCGUUCCGCGCCGUCCUCGCGGUGCUCAAUCAGUCUCCACCAUCGACGACGGCCGGUCACAAAUCUCACGCGCCAUGUCUUACGCCAGCACUGCCGCGACCAGUGUUAGCAUUUCCGGGGACAUUUCGAGCCAGCUGCAUGGCGGCUACUUCCAUCCCCUCGCCCGCUCGUGGCAGGCCGAGAGACAAUUGACCAAGUCCAUGCUCAUCUACCCUCUCUUCGUUUCGGAUCAAGACGACGAGGAGGCCUUGAUCCCCUCCUUGCCCGGCCAGUACCGCCGAGGCAUCAACAAAACAAUGGCCUACUUGGAGACGCUGGUGCGCAAGGGCCUGCGCUCCGUGAUGCUCUUCGGAGUGCCCGUGCGCCCGGGAGUCAAGGACGCUCUUGGGACCGCCGCCGACGACCCCGAGGGACCCGUCAUCAGGAGCAUUCGGGCCAUCCGCCAGCGCUUCCCCCAGCUCUUCAUCUGCGCCGAUGUUUGCCUGUGCGAGUACACCUCUCACGGUCACUGUGGCAUCCUUCGCGACGAUGGCAGCCUGAACAACCAGCUUUCCGUGGACCGCAUCUCGGACGUUGCCAUCGCGUAUGCCGUGGCAGGCGCCCACUGCGUUGCACCCUCCGACAUGAACGACGGGCGCAUCCGCGCCAUCAAGCUCAAGUUGAUCGAGGAGGGCAUCGCCCACAAGACGGUGCUUAUGUCGUACUCGGCCAAGUUCUCGGGCUGCCUGUACGGUCCGUUCCGCGACGCGGCAGGCUCUGCUCCGUCGUUUGGAGACCGCAAGUGCUACCAGCUGCCUCCGGGUGGCCGCGGCUUGGCUCGUCGCGCAAUCGUCCGUGACAUUGGCGAGGGUGCGGACAUUAUCAUGGUUAAGCCCGCCAGCCAGUACCUCGAUAUUAUCAGUGACGCGAAGGAGCUUGGCAAAGACAUGCCUGUCGCCGCCUACCAAGUCAGCGGCGAGUUUGCCAUGAUCCACGCGGCGGCCAAGUCGGGUGUUUUCGACCUGAAGCAGAUGGCCUUUGAGUCGACCGAGGGCAUCCUUCGGGCCGGCGCGACGAUUGUCAUUAGCUAUUUCACCCCCGAGUUCCUCGACUGGCUUUCGACCUAGACGACAACGCACGGCAUGAUGAUAUAUAACAGGCAAGGUGUUUCUGGCGUUUAGCUUUUUUAUGACUAGAUGAAGUGUACAAGGGUGCUGGUAAGGGACUCGACAGGCGUUGGUUUCGCAUGUUUGUUUACGUACAUAUACUCCCUUGACGGUUCAGUGUCACGUUGAGGAUACCAAAAAAACUAAUGGGACAGUGGUCAUUAUGUAUGGCAGACAUGAGUCGACUUAGUGCCCUAUUCAUGACGUUGAACAUUACACAGUAGUCGUCGGGCACUGGACGCCCCAAAAGCAGUUCAGCGUGUACAGUAUUACUACUUGUAGACUGAACCACCCAAUGAGGAAACGGUCUCUGUGCUCAUCUAGACACGGUACUGUCUGCUGACAGAAAAGCUUGAUGGCGUCCCGAAAGGCAGUUUUUGAAGGUUCGGGUGCUUAUU